AAACACAGUUAUUCGGUUCAACUCGUUGCCGGCAUCCCAGUCCCCUGCCAAACUCGUUUCACACAGUGCGGCGCUGAAGUAAGCCUCAAGGCUUCGAUGACAGCUCGAAUGCGCACCACUCGCAUUCUCACGUAAGAUAAUAGAGAACAGGAAUUGUUGCCUAUCCUAUCUUGAUCCUAUCGCCGCGUCUUUGUGGCAUGCAGCGCGAUAAGCAUGCAAGAGGCUUGGAGGUCUGUUGUGUCACACGAUCCGAUCGGUCGCGGACACAUCGAAUGACAUGACCGUUGGGCGCUCGCUCAAGGUUUAGGGCAGGUUUCUUCGCGUCACGCGUCUAAUUUGCACUCUUUCGACGCGACGCGUCUCGACCACCCCCACCACUAUACCUAUCCUCACGACCACCCUACACGACCACCAUGUCUAUGCUCGACGAGCCUGUGCCUGAGGAUGUUGUCAUGCGCGAUCGCGCGCGUGUCUUCGAAGAGUUCCUGGACUCGGAUAGCGACCUCUACAACUACAAGGACGAUAUUGCGCGCAUGCUCCGCCAGGAGCAACGGCGCCUCAUUGUGAACCUCGACGACCUACGCGACUAUCGACGCGACUUCGCGGAUGGACUCUUGAAGCAGCCGACUGACUUCUUGCCCGCGUUCGACGAGGCCCUCGGGAAUGUCGUCAGUCGUGUACACGACUCGGAGAAGCACGACGUGUCUGGCAAGGAGUACCGCGUUGGAUUCAGCGGCUCGUUUGGUGAUCAUCACGUCUCUCCGCGCACCUUGCGCGCUUCUCAGCUGGGGAAGAUGAUAUCGUUGGAGGGCAUCGUGACGCGCUGCUCCCUUGUGCGGCCAAAGAUGCUCAAGUCCGUGCACUACUGCGAGGAGACGCGCCUGUUCCACGCGCGCGAGUACCGAGACGCGACGACGUCGACUUCCAACCAACCGCCCACGUCGUCUGUGACGCCACAGAAGGACGACGAGGGUCAUGACCUGCAGACCGAAUUCGGCCACUGCGUUUUCAGGGACCACCAGAGGAUCAGUAUCCAGGAGAUGCCUGAGCGCGCGCCGGCCGGGCAGCUGCCGCGGAGUACGGAUGUGAUCCUGGACGACGACCUGGUCGAUCGUUGCAAGCCCGGAGACCGGAUACAACUGGUUGGUGUGUUCCGUAGUGUCGGAGGUGGUGCAGGGGGCGCGUUCAAAUCUAUCAUCCUCGCAAAUAACAUCAACCUCCUCUCGUCCAAGAUCGGCGGUGGCAUCGCACAGACUCAACUCACCGACUCUGACAUUCGCUCGAUCAACCAGCUCUCGAAGCGGUCCAACAUCACCAAGCUCCUCUCGCAGUCCCUCGCGCCGUCCAUCUACGGGCACGACCACAUCAAGACCGCGAUCCUGCUGCUCCUGCUCGGCGGCGCGGAGAAGAACCUCCCGAACGGGACGCACAUCCGUGGCGACAUCAACCUGCUCAUGGUCGGCGAUCCGUCCACGGCGAAGUCACAAAUGCUGCGGUUCGUGCUCGGCACGGCGCCCCUCGCCAUUGCGACCACGGGUAGGGGCAGCUCGGGCGUCGGUUUGACGGCGGCGGUCACGACGGACAAGGAGACGGGUGAGCGGAGGCUCGAGGCGGGCGCGAUGGUGCUGGCGGACCGUGGGGUUGUGUGCAUUGACGAGUUCGACAAGAUGUCGGACAUUGACAGGGUGGCUAUCCACGAAGUCAUGGAGCAGCAGACGGUGACCAUCGCCAAGGCUGGGAUCCACACCACCCUGAACGCGCGCUGCAGCGUAGUGGCUGCUGCUAACCCCAUAUACGGCCAAUACGAUAUCCAUAAAGACCCGCACAAGAACAUCGCUCUGCCGACUCGCUCCUCUCGCCACCGCGACAGGCUCAUCGCGGACCACGUCCUGCGCAUGCACCGCUACCUCCCGCCGGGCGUCGAGGAGGGCACGCCCGUCGCGGACAGCCUCUCGCAGAACCUCGCCAUCGACGGGCCCGCGGCGGCGCAGGGCGACGGGGACGACGGCGAGCCGAGUCCGUUCGAGAAGUACGACCCGCUGCUGCAUAUCGGGAUUGGUGAGGUGAUAUCGUCGACGCGGAGGCGGAAACCGAAGAAGCAGGAGGUGCUGAGCAUCGCGUUCGUGAAGAAGUAUAUACAGUAUGCGAAGGGCAAGCCCGCGCCGGUGUUGACGAAGGGCGCGGCGGAUUGGAUCGUGAAUGUGUACGCGACGCUGCGGAAUGAGGAUCCGGAGGGUAACAAGAAGAAGACAUCUCCGCUCACUGCGCGCACUCUCGAGACGCUCAUCCGUCUCGCCACCGCACACGCAAAAGCCCGUUUGUCGACUAAGGUGCAGGAGACCGACGCGAUGGCCGCCGAGGAGCUCCUCCGUUUUGCGCUAUACAAGGAGGUGCUCAAGCGGAAGCGCAGGACGAAGCGUCGUCUCAACAACGGCAACAAGAACCGGCAGGGCAGCGCCGAUUCAGACGAGAGCGACGAAGAGAGUGACGACGAGGACGCAGAGGAGCUCCCGCAGUCUCCGCCGAGGAUGGAGAUGCCCGCGCAGGCGAAGGGCAAGGAAAAGGCUGUCCCCGAUGGGCAGGCUGCGGACCCUGUGUGGGGCGAAGGCAGCCAGGAUGCAACCAUGGUCGAGCAGGUACCGGCGGGACCUACGGAGGAUGGUCAGCUCCGACCUGAACGGUUGAAGCUGUUCCGUUCGCGUGUGGCCAACCUCUUCGCGAACAAGCUGCAGGACAGCGACCAGGUCUUCUUCAAGGAUCUUCGGGAAAUGGUCAAUGAGGGUCUCCCGACGGAUGCUCUGUACGGUACCGCGGAGGCUACCAUGGCGUGCGAGGCUAUGGGAGAACAAAAUGAGAUCAUGCUCAGUGGUGAUAUUGUGUACAAGAUUUGAUCUGGCGUUGUUGGUACUCUGCUGUGCUCUGUUUUGCUUACUGUGGUGUCAUUUCAUCUGUAUCAAUGUUGUAUUAGAUACUUUAGAAUGACCGAAUGUCUCACUGGACGUCUCCACUAGCCAAGAGUUCGAC